CCGCCCGCCGGAGGCUGGGAGCCGCUGCAGCCGCGGAGGGAGAGCGAUGCAGGGAUUUGUGAGGUUGCGGCGCGCCGGCUGCGGGAUGCACUGACCCCGGCGCGGCGGACUUGUUGGAACCGCGGGCGGCGCGGCAGCGUGCAGGAGUUGGAGUUGCUUCCCGGGGCUGCUGCUUCCUCCACGCCGCCGGGAGCCAUCGGAGAGGCGAGGCGAGCCCGGCUCUGGCCGCGGAGCGGGCGAUCGGGAGCUUUUUAAUUUUUUAUUCCUCCUCCUUCUGCCCCUUCUCCUUCUUUCUUCUCUUCCCCGCUCUCUUUCUUUGCCUCCGUCUUCUUGUUGCAUGCAAGAAAAUUACAGUCCGCCGCCUGCCCGCCCUGCCCGGGGUGCGAGAUUCUCAGCAGCCCGGCUCUCCCUCCGCCCCUCCGUCCACCCCGCGCCUGGUGCCACCCGACGAUGAGAGACCGGAGGGGAGAAAGUUGAGGAAAUCGCCCACAUGCGCUGGAUCAGCCCGCGGCUGGGGGAUCGGCGCGCGGCGAAGGGGCGAGCGCAGAGUUUGAAGUCUUUGCAGGCGGGAAGAUGGCGGACUGGAGCUGAAAGUGUGGCUCGGGGAACUUGGGGGGCCCUCGCGUUCACUUACGAUCCUCUCGACCCAGGCCGGACACAUGCAGGCCAAAAAACGCUAUUUCAUCCUGCUCUCUGCCGGCUCCUGUCUCGCCCUUUUGUUUUAUUUCGGAGGCUUGCAGUUUAGGGCAUCGAGGAGCCACAGCCGGAGAGACGAGCGCAGCAGUCGCGAUGGCUUGCACCAGCCCGGCCCGGAUCGGUUCUGGCCCCGCUUCCCGGACGCUCUGCGCCCCUUCCUUCCCUGGGAGCAAUCGGAGAGCGAGGACUCCAGCGUGCACAUGUCCCCCCGGCAGAAGCGAGACGCCAACUCCAGCAUCUACAAAGGCAAGAAGUGCCGCAUGGAGUCCUGCUUCGAUUUCACCCUUUGCAAGAAAAACGGCUUCAAAGUCUACGUCUACCCGCAGCAGAAAGGGGAGAAAAUCGCCGAAAGUUACCAAAACAUUCUAGCGGCCAUCGAGGGCUCCAGGUUCUACACCUCGGACCCCAGCCAGGCGUGCCUCUUUGUCCUGAGUCUGGAUACUUUAGACAGAGACCAGUUGUCACCUCAGUACGUGCACAAUUUGAGAUCCAAAGUGCAGAGUCUCCACUUGUGGAACAAUGGUAGGAAUCAUUUAAUUUUUAAUUUAUAUUCCGGCACUUGGCCUGACUACACCGAGGACGUGGGGUUUGACAUCGGCCAGGCAAUGCUGGCCAAAGCCAGCAUCAGUACUGAAAACUUCCGACCCAACUUUGAUGUUUCUAUUCCCCUCUUUUCUAAGGAUCAUCCCAGGACAGGAGGGGAGAGGGGGUUUUUGAAGUUUAACACCAUCCCCCCUCUCAGGAAGUACAUGCUGGUAUUCAAGGGGAAGAGGUACCUGACAGGGAUAGGGUCAGACACCAGGAAUGCCUUAUAUCAUGUCCACAACGGAGAGGACGUCUUGCUCCUCACCACCUGCAAGCAUGGCAAAGACUGGCAGAAGCACAAGGAUUCUCGCUGCGACAGAGACAACGCCGAGUAUGAGAAGUAUGAUUAUCGGGAAAUGCUGCACAAUGCCACUUUCUGUCUGGUUCCUCGUGGUCGCAGGCUGGGGUCCUUCAGAUUCCUGGAGGCUUUGCAGGCUGCCUGCGUCCCUGUGAUGCUCAGCAAUGGAUGGGAGUUGCCAUUCUCCGAAGUGAUUAAUUGGAACCAAGCUGCCGUCAUAGGCGAUGAGAGAUUGUUAUUACAGAUUCCUUCUACAAUCAGGUCUAUUCAUCAGGAUAAAAUCCUAGCACUUAGACAGCAGACACAGUUCUUGUGGGAGGCUUAUUUUUCUUCAGUUGAGAAGAUUGUAUUAACUACACUAGAGAUUAUUCAGGACAGAAUAUUCAAGCACAUAUCACGUAACAGUUUAAUAUGGAACAAACAUCCUGGAGGAUUGUUCGUACUACCACAGUAUUCAUCUUAUCUGGGAGAUUUUCCAUACUACUAUGCUAAUUUAGGUUCAAAGCCCCCCUCCAGAUUCACUGCAGUCAUCCACGCGGUCACCCCCCUGGUCUCCCAGUCCCAGCCAGUGUUGAAGCUUCUCGUGGCUGCAGCCAAGUCUCAGUACUGUGCCCAGAUCAUUGUUCUAUGGAAUUGUGACAAGCCCCUGCCCGCCAAACACCGCUGGCCUGCCACUUCUGUGCCUGUCAUCGUCAUUGAAGGAGAGAGCAAGGUUAUGAGCAGCCGCUUUCUGCCCUAUGACAACAUCGUCACAGAUGCCGUGCUCAGCCUCGACGAGGACACCGUGCUUUCCACAACCGAGGUGGAUUUCGCCUUCACGGUGUGGCAGAGCUUCCCCGAGAGGAUUGUGGGGUACCCUGCUCGCAGCCACUUCUGGGACAACUCUAAGGAGCGCUGGGGGUACACAUCUAAGUGGACAAACGACUACUCCAUGGUGUUGACAGGAGCUGCUAUUUACCACAAAUAUUAUCACUACCUGUACACCCAUUACCUGCCAGCCAGCCUGAAGAACAUGGUGGACCAGCUGGCCAACUGUGAGGACAUUCUCAUGAACUUCCUGGUGUCUGCUGUGACAAAGUUGCCUCCAAUCAAAGUGACCCAGAAGAAGCAGUAUAAGGAGACAAUGAUGGGGCAGACUUCUCGGGCUUCCCGCUGGGCUGACCCCGAUCACUUUGCCCAGCGACAGAGCUGCAUGAACACGUUUGCCAGCUGGUUUGGCUACAUGCCGCUGAUCCACUCUCAGAUGAGGCUCGACCCCGUGCUCUUUAAAGACCAGGUCUCCAUCCUGAGGAAGAAAUACCGAGACAUUGAGCGGCUUUGAGGCAUCUGGCCAAGUGGGGUUGGGGAAGUGAGAAGGGACGGGGCUUCAGCUGCUCUCUCUUCCCGUGCAGAUCCACUCGUCAGCGGAGCCAGAUUGUGCCAAGUAUCCAAAUAAACUUAGAGAAACAUACUGACAAAACAAAAGAACGGCCAAUGAGAGCUCGACUCCUGGCUCCUGAGACUGCAUUGGACUGCUCCAACGCACCUCUGGCUUCUGUGUCCCAAGACUAGGUUGUGUACAGUUUAAUUAUGGAACAUUAAAUAAUUAUUUUUGAAAUGAUUGCUAUGCAGGUUUAAACUUUUUUAAUGAUCAAAACUAUUAAAAACCAGAGUUCUUUCUUUAAUCAAAA